AUGAGGGUGGCAUUGGUAGUAUCCAUUAUAUGUGCGUUGAUUGUUCUAAUAACAUCUGAAGACCGGCAAUGUCAAGCGCGCAAUGUGGGGAUUCCAGGACGUUCUAUAGUAUGCGUGUGCAACGCAGUCUAUUGCGACUCUAUCACGAGAGAGAACCCAGCACCUGGCACCUACGUAGUUUAUACGUCUAGUUAUGCUGGACAACGAUUUGAGAAAAGUGUUGGCAAUAUCGAAGUUGACCCUACACGAACUGAAGAUGACAACGUCCGGCCUGAGAACGACGAAGAUGAAAACGAAUUCGAAGAUACGAGUUUGAUCAGAGUGAGCUACAGAAUAUUCACAAAUACACGGUUCCAAUUUAUCGAGGGCUUCGGCGGGUCCAUCACAGAUGCCGCUUCCAUUAACUGGAGAAAGUUGUCUCGUGCUGCACAGACUAAUUUGAUUGAAUCAUACUUCGGCCCCGAAGGAAUAGAAUACAACUUGAUCCGAAUACCAAUCGCAGGGUGUGACUUCUCUACCCACCCUUACACCUACAAUGAGUAUCCAUGGCACGACGCAGAGCUCACCAACUACACGCUAUCGUCGGAAGAUUACUUCUACAGGUUACCUAUGCUCGCAACUAGUUUACGAACAGCGAGAGAAGAAGUGAAAAUCACCGCAAGCGCAUGGUCGCCACCGAUUUGGAUGAAGACUAACGAGAGAAUUACUGGCUUCGGACAACUCAGGCCACAGUACUAUCAGGCGUACGCUGAUUAUCAUUUGCGGUUCUUAGAAGAGUUAGAAAAAAUGAACAUAAAGGUGUGGGCUAUCACAACUACCAAUGAGCCCAUCAACGGCAUCGUACCUUUGGCACCGUUCAAUUCCUUGGGAUGGCUACCUUCUCAAUUGGCACGAUGGGUUGCCAACAACCUAGGACCGACGAUAAGGAACUCUCGUUUCAACCAGACUAAAAUUUUCGCUGUCGAUGAUCAACGAUACCUUUUACAUUACUAUGUCCUCGGUAUGGAAAGAGAAGACCCAAAAUCUAUCGAAUACAUCGACGGGAUUGCCGUCCAUUAUUAUGGAAACUUCGUCCCGGCAUCCAUUCUUUCCAACCUUCAAAACAGAUAUCCCAACAAAAUGCUGCUCUCUACUGAAGCUUGCGAAGGUCCUAUGCCAUGGGAUGAACACAAGGUAGAACUUGGAUCCUGGGAUCGAGCUCGGAACUACGUGCGAUAUAUCUUACAAGACCUUAACAACUUUGUCGUCGGCUGGAUUGAUUGGAAUCUCUGUCUAGACCCGGAGGGUGGUCCAAAUUGGGCCAACAAUUUUGUUGACGCUCCGAUUCUUGUCUACGGGGAUCAAGAUGAAUUCAUAAAACAACCCAUGUUCUACGCCAUGGGACACUUCUCGAAGUUUAUUCCUCGAGGCUCUAGGCGUAUUCAAGUUUCCAGGAGAAGUCUGGCCACCGUUGAAAAUCUGGCAGUGAUUAAACCAAACGGACACAUAGUUGUUGUUUUACAAAAUGCAAAUGAAAACGAACGCAUUGUUCACCUACGCAUCAGUGCCACAAGAUUCAUUGAAUUGACGAUGGAGGCCCGGUCUGUGAAAACUAUAGAAAUUAAUCCAAAUUAAACGACAUUUCACUGUCUGUUUUUGAAUCCGGCAAAUAAAAACGUUACAACUGGUCGUCUUUUUAUUUAUAAACAAUUUCAUUUGAUUAAAAUUUCAAAUAUAUUCA